GAGGGACGGGGGUAGGAGAGGGAGGACAGGCGGGGAGAGACGGGCCGUCCACCGGGACGCGGGCGAGGAUUCCCCCUCGCGCCGUCGUUAUCGCCCGCGGAAUCGCUCACCAGCGCUCUCGCGCGUUUAUCCCCGCGCGGCAGAUACCUCUCCUCGAGUCCUCUCCGCCGACGUGGCUCUCCUUCCCGUGUGAAACGGACGCCGUCAGCGGGACCGCCGAUCGCAACACCGCGCCGAUGGAUCAACAACUGCCAAGCGCGCUCGGACAAAUGGACGGCGAAACGUCGUCUCCUCCUGCGAGCUGUUGUACUCUGUACUGCUCUGUACUGUACCUCGACACCUCUCGAACCCUCGAACCUCGACCCGUGUCCCGUGAGCGCGACAGCGUAUCCCUCGGCUCCGUGCCCCCGAUCGGUAGCGGCGAAUUCGGCAGGCAACUAGACAAGCGGCACCGAGCACCGACACACCGACGACUCUCUUCUCUUUCAGCAAAGGCGUGAAGGCCGCUGCGCAUGGGGCCACCCGUGACCGAGUGCAAAAGCGCACUGCGAGAUUGACUCUGCGAUAAGGACACCUCGACCGAUAAAUUACCCGGCGCCGGGCUAACCGCGCCCGCGGAACUACGAAGUCGUAAAACCACGUUCCUGGUCAGUCGAUCACGCUGCGUCGAUAAUGUCGAUCGCUAUCGCCUAUUGUGCAAGGGGCUAUAGACAAGAGACAGCUUCUCGUCCACGUCCAUCUGUGUUUACGUUUCUUCUGCGUAACAGGGAGAUCGUCGAGGUCGAGGUGAGGUCGGUGAGGAUACGCAUCGAUGGGAGUUUCAUUCCACGAUGAGCGGCAUCAGGAAAAAAGCCAAUCACCUGGCGGUGUUUAAACGGCGCACCAAGGACGAGGACAAUGACGAAUUGUCGAGGAGCGUUAUUCUAGGGGCGAGAAAGACUGGGCGGUUGAAUCUCUCGUCGAAGGGAUUGUCCACGGUACCUGACAGAAUAUGGAGUAUAAACGAAUUAACGGAAGAGGAAUUACGUGACUUGCAUUUUGAGCUUGAUUAUGAACCCGAGGAGGAGCGAUGGUGGGAACAAGAGCCGCUGAAGAUGUUAGAUCUGAGCUUCAAUAGUUUAACUGUAAUCAAUGAAAAAAUACAAUUUCUAACGGAACUGAGCACCUUAGACUUGCACAACAAUUUGUUAGAAGAACUACCGCCUGAGAUCGGUUCUCUGCGCGAACUAAGAAAAAUAAAUCUAUCGGAUAACAAGCUACAAAAUUUACCAGGUCAAUUUUAUAUGCUGGAGGAAUUGUGCGAGUUAUAUCUAAAAAAUAAUCAAAUAAGUUCACUUGAAGCCGAGAUCGGAAAUUUAGUCAUGCUAACUCAUUUGGACAUAUCAUAUAAUAGUUUAGGCGAAUUACCGAUCGGAAUGGGAUACUUGGUGCGACUGGAAACAUUGAAUUUAUGUCACAAUAUGAUAAAAGAAUUACCACCUGAUGUAACAAGUAUGAGAUCGUUAAAAACGUUAGACGUCAGCUUUAAUCAAUUGGAGACGAUACCACCAUUAGGUGAAUUGCGAAAAGUAGAAAGAAUAAUGUUCCAGUCGAAUAAUUUGCAGGAAUUUCCAGACAUAUCAGGUUGUUCAGCUUUAACAGUAUUGCAUUUGGAUAACAAUAACAUUCCUGAAAUUGAUCCGCAACGCUUAGAAGCUGUAGGGCAUCUGAAAAAGCUCACAUUGCAAGGCAAUAAAAUUGAAGUAAUACCUGAAGAAAUAAUCAAAUUAAUAAAUUUGGAAGUCUUCGACUUAUCGCACAAUAACAUAUCUUUAAUACCCUUUUGCAUUGGUAUAUUGCCCAAUUUAAAGCAAUUUAUAAUUGAGGGAAAUAAUAUAAAAAACGUAAGGGCAGACAUAAUACGAUGCGGUACAUCUCGCAUUUUGACACACAUUCGUCAGACUGUAGUCAAUACAACAAGUAUAAACACCAGAGAAUCGUUACAACCUAGUGCCAGCAAUAGUGUUUAUCCUGACAAGUACGUAAUGAAAAAUACAAAGUUAUUCAGCUUAACUGGGCAAAAUCUUUUGGAAUUGCCUGAAGAAGUCUUGGAAGAUGCAGCGGAAGCCUCUGUCGUAACCAUUGACUUGAGCAGAAACAAGCUGUCAGGACUGCCUGAUAAAAUGUCGGCGAUCGCUACAGUGAUAGAUCUAAAAUUAAUUUCAAAUCAUUUUGCAAGCUUGCCAGAAUGGAUUGGCGAAAAGUACAAAUGUUUGCAAGUUUUAGAUAUAAGUAAAAAUUACUUGCAAUCUCUACCAUCGAGCAUCGGCUGUCUGAAAUACUUGCGAGAUAUUGAUCUUUCGUUUAACAGAUUUACCGAGUUACCAGAAGCUAUUUAUGACGUUGUAUCUUUAGAAAGUUUAAUUGCCAAUGACAAUCUAAUCGUAAAAAUAGAUGUGCCACUUUUGGAAAAGUUAAAAAGACUAGCAGUAUUAAAUCUGUCAAAUAACAAUAUCGCUCACGUACCCCCAGAACUUGGUAACUUGAAAAACCUAAGGAAUCUAUUGUUGUCUGGAAAUUGUUUCAAAUAUCCCAGGCAAGCAAUUCUAAUGAAAGAUACAGAGGAAAUACUGAGUUAUCUACGUAAUCUAAUACCUCAGUAAUGAAUAGAAAACGAAAUGGUUUAAAAAAAUAUCUGAAAAAUGUUAACAAUUUGUUAUCAUAUAUGAAUGUGUUGCGCGUAAAUAUUAUAUCUACAUGCAUAUAAAAAAAUACAUUUUUACUGGUCUUAAAGAUUAUAUAUAUUAUAUACUUAUAUAGUCUCAUCUUAGAUGAGACAAAUCAAGUGCAAAAUAAUUAGAAUAAGAUUAAUAAGCUGUGUAAAUGUAAGUAGUAAAUAGAGGGAAUGAGGGAAGAAAGAACGUCUGCAAGAAUAUAUGGAAAGAGAAUGAGAGUGUGUGAGAAUGCAGUUAAUAUAUAUUUUGGAAAUAUUUAAGAUAAGAUUGAAUUUAUGUGAAUUAGGAUAAAUGUGAAUGAAAUGGAAGUUAAUAAAGACCAAAGGAAAUCAACGAUAA